AUGAUCCCAACGAGGCAAGACUUUAAGCUUCUGAUCCUCGCAGUAGAUUCGACCAUUCGUAGCGUUGGAUUCAUCUACACUUCUAUUGCUAAUAUCACUGUUCAAAGCAUUCAAAGCUCCAACCUUCAAGUCAAGACUACCGGACCCAGGUGUGACCAGGCUUCAAUUCGCAGAAAGGUCGAGUACAGACGCAUUUGA